GCUGUGAUUGGCUGACGUGUUUAGCCCUCCGCUGUAUGACUGAAGGUGAAGCGGCUGUAAGAGCGUGAGUCACAGUCCUUCUGCUGUCCAGAAUGUCAUCCAGUGGACUUUUAAACAUGCAAGCCCAAAUCUGUAAACGCCUGGCUCACAAAUAUCUUUCAAGAACGUACUCCUCUCGCCCUUCCCUCAAUGAAGUCGUCAUCGUCAGCGCAGUCCGCACUCCAAUGGGCUCCUUCAAAGGCAGCCUGGCAGCUGUUCCAGCCACCCAACUGGGCUCCAUCGCCAUCAAAGGAGCCAUCGACAAAGCUGGAAUCGCUCCAGAGGAAGUGAAGGAGGUCUACAUGGGAAAUGUUCUCCAGGCAGGAGAAGGACAGGCACCUACCAGACAAGCCUUGCUAGGAGCAGGUUUGACACUCGGCACUCCAGCAACAACCAUCAACAAAGUCUGUGCCUCCGGGAUGAAGUCCAUCAUGAUGGCAUCUCAGAGUCUGAUGUGUGGACACCAGGAUGUGAUGGUAGCAGGAGGCAUGGAGAGCAUGUCCAAUGUUCCCUACGUGAUGCCCAGAGAUACCCCGACCUACGGAGGAGUGAGGAUGGAGGACCUCAUCGUGAAGGAUGGACUUACUGACGUCUACAACAAAUUCCACAUGGGAAACUGUGCAGAAAACACAGCAAAGAACAGCAGCAUCACCAGAGAGGAGCAGGACGCGUACGCCAUCAGCUCCUACAGCCGCAGCAAAGCAGCGUACGAGGCCGGUGUGCUGGCACGGGAGAUCAUACCCGUGAGCAUUCCCCAGAGAGGCAAACCUGACAAGAUCGUGUCCGAGGAUGAGGAGUGGAGGAAGGUUGACUUCAACAAAGUUCCCAAACUGAGGGCAGUGUUCCAGAAAGAAAAUGGCACAGUGACAGCAGCGAACGCCAGCACGCUGAACGAUGGAGCUGCAGCUCUUGUUUUAAUGACUGCAGACGCUGCAAAGAGACUCAACAUCACUCCACUUGCCAGAGUUGUGUCUUUUGCUGAUGCAGCGGUUGCACCCAUCGAUUUCCCCAUUGCUCCUGCAUUCGCUGUCCCAAAGGUCCUGGAUGCAGCAGGGCUGAAGAAGGAAGACAUCGACAUGUGGGAGAUCAACGAGGCCUUCAGCGUGGUCGUCCUCGCAAACAUCAAGAUGUUGGACAUCGACCCAACGAAGGUUAAUGUUAAUGGAGGAGCCGUGUCUCUGGGACAUCCCAUCGGGAUGUCUGGUGCGAGGAUUGUGGGUCACAUGGUGCACCACCUGAAGUCAGGACAGUACGGGCUGGCAGGCAUCUGUAAUGGAGGCGGAGGAGCGUCAUCCAUCAUCAUCCAGAAACUGUAGAAGAAGAACCUGAUUGUAGACUUCUCUUCUCCUGAUACACUCUUUGUUAGUCUGUGUGUGUCGACUAGCUGUGGGCUCUGAAUGAUUAAGACCUCUGUACACUCUCUCUUUUUACUGUAAAGAGCACAUCUGUUACGUCUUUAAUGCCUGUGGCCUUACUCAAACAGCAAAGUAAGACUCGACUAACUCGACGUCACCACACCAGAGUCUAAAACACUCCUUUGUUUGAAAUAUUGUGCAAAAGAACGAAUAAUAUUUAACUCUGAUUUUGAAGUGGUUGAAUAAAUAGUUUUUAUGAAAGCACUCGUUAUGAGGUGUGACUAUUUCUUUAUCGGUCUGCCCUACGAUAACUCAAAGUUUGUGACAGGAUUAUUUCUUUGGUUUAAUAUUUAUAUUUAUUGAAAUAAAGAUAACAUUGAUGCUU